AUGUUCUCCCACACUUUCGUGUCGUCUGUCGUUGCUAUUGGAUUUGCAUUGUCUGCAGCUGCUCUCUUAGCGCCGCAAGUCAACUCUAAGCGCGACACGAUAGACUGCACAGACCCGCGCGGCCCAAACAGUUUCCUACCGCACGUGUACAGCGCGUCAAUCACUAACAACGGAACGCAAGUCACCGACAGCGUUGCAGUCGAUGGGUCCAUCGUCUCGUUUACUUGGGACCCGAACCCUUGCCGCCUGACUUCUGCCUUUAUCCUUGGUGCAUACACUGGCUCGCCCGUCAAUGCUUAUGCAAACAACUCUGAUGGCUCGGGUUCGUGGAUCGGGCCUCGUGCAGGCCCUUACGGCGGAUUCAAUGGCACUCACCAUGGGAGCCUCGUGUUGUCGGGGGAGUAUUUCACGAGGGGACAAGCAUAUGUGGUCGAUCUGUUUGAGUACAAUGUGACAACGGGUGACCUUAAAGAGGCUGUUUCAAACCAGGACUUUUCCUGGGAGGUACCAUACGGAUCUUCCUGA